GGCCGCCCCCGACCCCGAACUCCGGCCCGGCCUCGCGGCGGCGGAUACUCGACAGCGCUCUGCCGCGUUCCCGCGUCCCCCCACCCCACCCCGCGUCCCCGCGUCCCCGCGUCCCGAGAGCCGGCGCGGCGCGGCAGGGGCAGCCUUCCACUACGGAGAGCCCAGCUGUCAGCUGCCUCUCAGGAAGAUGCUGUGUCGCUGGGCCAGCGCGGGUGUGGGUGUGCGUGUGCGUUUGGCCACAGCCCUGGCAGUGCUGUGGGUCUGCGUCACAGGCGCACUGGAGGUCCAGGUCCCCGAAGACCCCGUGGUGGCCCUGGUGGGCACCGAUGCCACCCUGCGCUGCUCCUUCUCACCCGAGCCCGGCUUCAGCCUGGCGCAGCUCAAGCUCAUCUGGCAGCUGACGGACACCAAACAGCUGGUGCACAGCUUCUCCGAGGGCCGGGACCAGGGCAGCGCCUAUGCCAACCGCACCGCGCUCUUCCCCGACCUGCUGGCGCAGGGCAACGCGUCCCUGAGGCUGCAGCGAGUGCGGGUAGCUGAUGAGGGCAGCUUCACCUGCUUUGUGAGCAUCCGGGACUUCGGCAGCGCUGCAGUCAGCCUGCAGGUGGCGGCUCCUUACUCGAAGCCCAGCAUGACCCUGGAGCCCAACAAGGACCUGCGGCCCGGGGACAUGGUGACCAUCACGUGCUCCAGCUACCGGGGCUACCCGGAGGCCGAGGUGUUCUGGCAGGACGGGCAGGGUGCGCCCCUGACCGGCAACGUGACCACGUCGCAGAUGGCCAAUGAGCAGGGCUUAUUCGACGUGCGGAGUGUCCUGAGGGUGGUGCUGGGCGCCAAUGGCACCUACAGCUGCCUGGUGCGCAACCCUGUGCUGCAGCAGGACGCUCAUGGCUCCGUCACCAUCACGCCCCAGAGAAGCCCCACAGGCGCCGUGGAGGUCCAGGUCCCCGAAGACCCCGUGGUGGCCCUGGUGGGCACCGAUGCCACCCUGCGCUGCUCCUUCUCACCCGAGCCCGGCUUCAGCCUGGCGCAGCUCAACCUCAUCUGGCAGCUGACGGACACCAAACAGCUGGUGCACAGCUUCUCCGAGGGCCGGGACCAGGGCAGCGCCUAUGCCAACCGCACCGCGCUCUUCCCCGACCUGCUGGCGCAGGGCAACGCGUCCCUGAAGCUGCAGCGAGUGCGGGUAGCUGAUGAGGGCAGCUUCACCUGCUUUGUGAGCAUCCGGGACUUCGGCAGCGCUGCAGUCAGCCUGCAGGUGGCGGCUCCUUACUCGAAGCCCAGCAUGACCCUGGAGCCCAACAAGGACCUGCGGCCCGGGGACAUGGUGACCAUCACGUGCUCCAGCUACCGGGGCUACCCGGAGGCCGAGGUGUUCUGGCAGGACGGGCAGGGUGCGCCCCUGACCGGCAACGUGACCACGUCGCAGAUGGCCAAUGAGCAGGGCUUAUUCGACGUGCGGAGUGUCCUGAGGGUGGUGCUGGGCGCCAAUGGCACCUACAGCUGCCUGGUGCGCAACCCUGUGCUGCAGCAGGACGCUCAUGGCUCCGUCACCAUCACAGGGCAGCCCAUGACAUUCCCUCCCGAGGCCCUGUGGGUGACCGUGGGGCUCUCUGUCUGCCUUGUCGCCCUGCUGGUGGCCCUGGCCUUCGUGUGCUGGAGAAAGAUCAAGCAGAGCUGUGAGGAGGAGAAUGCAGGUGCCGAGGACCAGGACGGGGAUGGAGAAGGAUCCAAAACAGCCCUGCGGCCUCUGAAACACUCGGAAAGCAAAGAAGGUCCUGCUCACUCUCCAAAGGACAGAGAGACCACCCUGCAGCCUUAUUUCUCCGAUGGACGUGACUCCCAAGUCAUCCUGCUGCCUUAUUUCUCCAGUGACAUGAUACGUAAAUCAUCCUACUGUCCUAUUUCUUAUGGACAUGACACAGAGACCACCCCGCCACCUUAUUUCUCCAACGGAUAUGCUGCGCGGACCAUCUGGCUGCCUUUAUGUCUCCAAAGGACUCAGUAUUCAGACUGAUGCUCUGCCUUCUUUCUCCAAAGACAGGAUACACAGUCACCCCCGGCCUUGGUUCUCCAGGGGCCCUGAUAUACUAGUUAUCAUUUCUCAGCCUUUUCUUCCACCCACCUGUGAGCCCGUCUGCUCGGACAGGGACCCUGAGCCUUCAGCAUCUCCUCGAGUCCAGAGGCGGCUCCCCUCCUGCCCGCCCCUCCUCUGGCCCCAGCGUCGGCCUUUCCCUCCCUCGCUGACUGAAGACAGCGCCCUUCCCCCGGGCCUGUGGAGGCACAGAGGCGCAUGUGCUGGGUCACGUGCUGGGACACGUUCGGACCUCCCUUAGCCCAGUCUCUUCCGUGGUGCCGUGGGCUGUGCCCCGUGAGCUCCCCCUCCACGGGAAGCAUGUGCUGGUCACACUGGGUCUCCGGGUGUCCGCGUGGGCCCCCUGGGGGUCAGCUUCUAUCCCGCUGUUUGCCCCUCCUUUCCUUUGGUUCAUCCAUUCUAGUAACAGUCACUGAGCCUCCGUGGGGUGUCAGCACUGUGUUAGGUACCUGGGACCCAGCGUGAGAGGACAGGCCCCUUCUCUAAGGAGCUUGCCCUUCAGCUGGGAACUGUCAGGAAACCUGCAACCGCCUGCUAUAGCCUGCGGCUCGUGUGGGGGCUCCUGCCCUGCUCUCUACUGUACCCCUUUUCUGUGCCCACAGCUUCCUGGAUACCUCACUCCCACCCCCUCCCUAAUCCUUACCCAGAGCAGGGGCUGCGGGCAGAAACCUGGAGAGAGGGGCAGAGCCUCUUGCUAGACCUGAGAAUCUGAUGGUUUCCAAAGUCUUUCCAGGCGUGAGCAGGUGGGCAGGUGGCCAUGGCACUCUGGACCCCGAAGAGCAGAGGCCUAAGUGAAGCCUGGGGAUGGGGCAGGAGGGCCGCAGGGACACAGCUCUUCCCCUCUCCCUCCCCACCCCCCCGCCCCGACCACGGUGCUAUUCUGGGGCUGGGAAGACAUCUCCUGGCUUGUCCUUUGCUGGCCUCCAGCCUCCGGAAAACUUCUGAUGUCCUCCCGCUGACAUUUCUUCCUUCCCCAGGAACGGAAGAGGUGGCAUGUCUAAUUUAAAUGUGGGACUCUGAGGAAUUUUGUUAACUGGGGGUGUAUUUUGGGAAAAAUAAAUGGCUUUGUAGAAA